GGGCCCGAGAGUACGUGACAGCUCUCAGGUCUACAAUGAACGCCGGCGAGCGGCGGGGAAAGAGGAAAGGCCAGCUAGACUACCCCAAAAUCAGGAGGAAAAAGAAGAGCGGUUUGCACCGCGUUUACUGUCAUUUCAGGACGCCCUUCGCCUCCUGACCCCGUUUCAACCCCGCUUCUCCGCUGGCCGUAGCCGUCCGCAGCGUGGGGCUCGCGCUAAGUCCUCCUCCUAGGCAUGCCCUUUGUGACUUAAGGGAAUUCAGUGCAAGACAGGUGGAAAGUAGGAACACUGGCUCCUUUUUCUGAGCACACCUGGCAGCAACUCAAGAGAGACCCAAUUUUGCCAAAAUAAAAAGUACCAAAGACAGACCUACCAAUGAAGUGUGAAAAUUGCACCAAAAAGGAAUGUAGUAAAAAACAGAAUGAUGAUCCACAAAACGCAACAGUUGAUGUUCUCAAUUCAAAUGAUGAAAACAAAGAGAAAAGUGAAUUCCAUAAGUUGGCUAAUGCUAAAAUAUUCCUUAGUGAUUGCCUAGCUUGUGACAGUUGCAUUACAGCAGAGGAAGCAGUCAAAGUUUACCAGCAGAAUCCAAAUGAGUUCUUCCGUGUAUUGAACCUUAAUAAGAAGUGUGAUACCUCAAAACACAAAGUAUUGGCAGUGUCUAUAUGUCCUCAGUCCUUGCCUUAUUUUGCUGCUAAAUUCAACCUCUCAGUAACAGAAGCAGCUAGGAGGCUUUGUGGCUUCCUCAAAAGUCUUGGAGUGCAUUAUGUCUUUGACACCGCAAUAGCUGCUGAUUUCAGUCUUCUGGAGAGCCAGAAGGAAUUUGUGCAACGGUACCGCCAACAGAAUCAGGAAGAACAUGUUUUGCCAAUGUUUUCUUCUGCCUGCCCAGGCUGGAUCCAAUAUGCAGAGAGAGUCCUGCCCAGCAUGGUAAUCCCACAUAUUUGCACUGCAAAGUCACCACAACAGAUCAUGGGUUCUCUUGUGAAGAAUUAUUUUGCCAGGCAGCAGAAUCUAUCCCCUGAUAAAAUUUUCCAUGUUGUAGUGGCCCCUUGCAAUGACAAAAAGUUAGAAGCAUUACGGGAAGACUUUUAUACCCAUUUGUAUAACUCUCAAGAGGUAGAUUGUGUUUUAACAUCAGGUGAAGUCUUCCAAAUGAUGGAGCAAAGAAAAAUAUCAUUGAAAGAAAUAAAUGAGGUGUCCUUUGAUACCCUGUUUGGUGGCAUAGAAGAAGAGCUAAUUCGGCAUGAAGGAAGAUCAGAUGGUUACCUAGAGCACAUCUUUAAACACGCUGCCAAGGAGCUAUUCAACACAGAAGUGAAGGAGCUCACCUACAAAACGUUAAAAAACAAAGACUUUCAGGAGGUUACCCUAGAAAAGGAUGGCGAGACAGUGCUACGUUUUGCAGCGGCCUAUGGCUUUCGAAAUAUCCAAAAUAUGAUUCUGAAGUUGAAAAAGGGGAAAUGUUCCUACCACUUUGUUGAAGUUUUAGCCUGUCCUGGAGGUUGUUUAAAUGGGAAUGGCCAGGCCCAGACUGAAGAUGGAAAACCAGAUAAAGCCCUUCUCAAGCAGAUGGAGGAUGUAUAUGCCACAGUUCCUGUUCAGAUUCCUGAAACCAACGGGCAUGUGCAGAAGCUUUAUCAGGAAUGGCUAGAAGGGAUGGAUUCCAACAAAGCCCAGGAAUCUUUGCAUACUAAAUACAACAUGGAAAAACCAGCUGCCCACAGUUAUGACAUCAAAUGGUGACCAAUCCGAUUAUAAGACAUGCAUCAGGGUUGAUGGACCUGCAGCACUGUCACAGCUAUGCUAUGCAACUGAAAUCGGAGGCACAACCACGAAAAAAAGCAUGCUCAGAACUGGAACUGCACUUGUUUCCUCAUUUGGGGUUGUGCAGAGUCAAAAUGCAGCUGGUCCCAGUGUAAAUGUGGUGCAUCUUUAUUUAAUCAGAAUUCUCGCCCAAUCAUCCAUAUACUGUUAAGAUGUAUUGGAAAGAAAAUCAGGGCCUGCUACAAAAUGCUUCAAUGCUGACCCCUUCGGAACUUGAGGCCUGUGUGCUAAGAAUCUAAUACCAUGAAUGUGCUCAGAAUGAUUUCAGGUUAAAGUUUGUCAUUUACUUAAGACUUCAUAUUAUUACUUAACCUAGAUUCCAAAAUAUAAUUUAAAAACCUGCCUACUACCAAUGUGGUGUCUACAAAGUCAGGCCUAUUUUCUUAAUUAUGGCAAAAAGAAUGAGCUUAUGCAAGUCUGAGAGAACAGUAGAACACUGACCUCUGAUAGAAAUGAAUGUUCAUUUGGUCAGCUUUAUGUAGCUUCUUCAACUCCCCUGAGAACAGGGGCCUUUGCUCCUUACUGGCAUUGAUUUCUUCUUGAGAAUAUUGGGAUCCUGGUGUCGUAAGACAAGCCUGGUAAAAUCCUUGAGGUUCAGAACUAUAUUUGGGAGAUCUGUAUCAUCAGCAAUAAAGCUAGGUGAAUUGGGGAAUAGUCAAAGAGUAUUGUAAGUACAGAUAAGAUCAUGCAAUCAAAUGGGCAAAGGCAGUGGUGGGAUUCAACCAGUGUAACAACCAGUUCGGUAAGUGCACGUAGUGUUUUAAAAACAGCAAUUUUCAGCUAAAACUUGCCUUCUGCUGCAGCCCCGGUGAGUAAAACAGCUGAGGCGCUGUGUCAUGCGAAUCAGCUGGGCUUCAAAAGAAGGAACUAAAGGAUAGACUAGGGCAAGGGUGGGCAGGCGGGGCCAACUGAUCUCUGGAACUACCGCUUGGCCUGAACUGGUCCAUACCGGAUGAAUCCCAUCCCUGGACAAAGGUCAUGCUAGAAUAGGCAAACAUGAUAAAAGCCAGAAUGUUUGAAACAAAGGGCUCACCUGAUUUAAGAAGAUGUAAUAUAAUUCUUGUUAGCUUGCCUAAUGCUGAAGUUCUAAGUGAUGUUUUAAGAAAAGAUGGUUCAGUGACUUCUUCCUAGAAACGCUAAUUUGUUUUUAGGAUUUUCUGGGAAUUUUUGUGCAUACAGAUCAGUCACUGAUAAUUUCUCUAAAGAAGGUAGAUAUGAAGAGAGUUCUAUUCAUCACUUGUGGGCUGUUUCAUUCACAACUGGUCAGUCUUUGCACAAGCAGGCAAAAUGUGAACAUUCAUUUUACCCAGCAUCACACUGCUAAUGUCAUUGGGAUAAAUUAACACUUUGGAGCAGGAUUGCUCCAAAGGAGACCAAGUAUAGGACUUCUUUCCCUGGAUCAUAUGCUGAAUAUUAAAUAUUGUUUAUUAGCAUGUGAUAUUACACCUUCAAAGUUCAUGCAGCACUUGACCAAGAAGAUUGCUCUCCCUGGGAGAUGUCCUAGUAAGCCCAGAUUUGUUUUUAGUAGACAUUAUAGAUUUAUAUUUUGAGAGCUGCCUCUACAAUACUGAGAUGCACUUUCAAGUACUGAGAUGCACUUUCAAGUACUGAAAGGAAUGAUCAGCAGUUGUUAUGCUCCAAAAUUGUAAUGCGAAUCCAUUUUGCCCUAUUCUGAAUCACCUUUCUCAAACAAACAUACAUAAUUACCCCCUUGAAUGCUCUGCUCAAGAAGAAAAAUGCUACAAAAAUUGAUGAUUCUUCUGUUCUUUUUCUGUUGUUCUUUUGUUUUAUUAGAUCCUUUGAAACUCUGCUGCCUUUGGCCUGUCCCAUGUUUUCUUUUUCAUUAGAUAUUCUUACCUCAACAUGAAUAAGCUUGGAUGUGAUUCCGCUGGGAAUCCCAAAUUCUUGGAUGUUCUUAAAUUGCCAGCUUAUAAAGUCAUAAAAUAGGAAUAUUGCAACUUUUAGGUUGUGAAGAUGUAACCUUCAGAUAUGUUUAAUGGUUCGAUGGUAUCUCAGUUCAAAAGCAUUCAAUUUUACCCAGGACUAGCUGAAUAGGAAAGAGACACAGGAAAUCAAGCAAUUAUAAAGUGAUUUGCUUUUUGGCACAGAGAUGUUGGGAAGAGGUGCAUUUUGUGUACUAUACAUAUGAAUUGGACUAAAAUGGCAUGCCUGUAUUCAUAAUAUCCUUGUAACAAGAAAACAGUAACAUAAAAUGAAUACCAGAGUAAAAAUACAUACUAAAAUUUAUCUGCAUGGAGGAAAGGAAUUUAAAAUAGCCGAGGUAUGUGUAGGCAUAGUGCUACAUUAAACUAAAAAAGGACUUUCUCAAGCUAUGGUACUUUUUCGCAGCAUUUGAUGUUCAAGUACAUCAGCAUUAAGGUAUCAAAGAUGGGCCCACAUAUUACACACAUAGAUUCCUUUUUAUCACAAGAACAUUCUUCUGGGGGUGAAAGAUACCGGCCUUUUCUAAGAAUACCUUCAACACUUAUCAGUUAUGCAAUUGAAAAGGAAUUUUGGAUGAAUGUACCAAGGUUGCCUAAAUUUCUGAAGCAAGGCAAAAGCAUAGAAGCACAGACUUUAAUACCUUCGAGAUAUGGUGGCAAUGUAAUUUAUUUUUAAUUAGUUCAUUGAGUUACCCUGGAUGGGGGUUCCACCCACCCACCCCAUUCUGGCUUUUUUAUUCUGUUCUGAUGUGUUUGUAUAUACAAGUGGGCCACAUCUUAUGUUAAAUACAUAAAUAAAUACAUAAAUACACUCUGAAAUAGUCCAGAAGAAAUGUGUGAAAAUCCACCAUUUCUGAUCUUCGUUAAAGUAGCCAUAUGACUAAUGCAUAAGACAAGAAUUUUGUGUGUCUUUAAUAGUCAGUUGGUUUAAUUCAUUUUUUUUUUUGCAAACUCAUAUAAAAAUCCGAACAAAGACAGGCUGCUUUAAUGAAUAGCGAAGAGGUGCUUCAUUCAGAGCAGGUCUUCUGGACCAUUUUCAAAGAUACGCCGCCCCUUUUAUAUUAUUUAACUUGUUAUACAUAUUUUAACUGCUUGUAAUCUAUGUGCAUGGUAGGCUUUGGAAAAUAUGGAUAUCAGUAAAAGAUUUUUAAAUAAACAGGUCCAG